AAAAUAGCGUAAUAAAUAUUGAGUUGGUUCAUUUUUGAGUGGGAAGAGGAGGAGGAGGUACAGAGCAGGAGCGAAGUAGCAAGAGGGAACAGUGGAGACAGCAAGGUCAACAGAAGAAGUCUGCUUUUGUGGCAGCUUUAUAUAUAUAAUAUGAACAGUUUAUAUUGAUUUUUCUCAUAGCGAAGACUCCCAAAGCAGUUAGAAGAAGCGACAGCCUACGGCCUACAGCAUCGUUGAUUCCUUCCUCCUACAAUCGUUCCUUUUCUUUAUCAUCAUUUCCCACACCCCCCCGAUGUGUUCAUCUUUUUUGGGUUUGUUUCUUUUUGGGUGUUAAGGUUUCUGUUGUUCCCUCUCCUUUUCUCUUUCUUUAUCAUCAUUCUUGUAUUCAAUUUUUGGUGCGAGUUCAUGGGAAUAAGGAAGAACAAUUACCCAGCGAGCUGAGCCAGUUUUUGCUUCCUCUUGUAGUUGGAUCGCUCGAAUCCGAGGUGCCCGCAAGUGCUGGAUGCUGGGAAUUUAGUUGAAAUUGGAGGCGUUGCGGAUUACGUAUUUUUCUCAUGGAUAGGUUGUGCUGUUUUUCGCAGCUUACAGGACUAGGGUCCUCAUCUACCUCUGGUAAGGGAAGAAACCAUGAGGGUCUAAUCAAGUAUGGCUUCAGCUUAGUAAAAGGGAAAGCGAAUCAUCCGAUGGAGGAUUAUCACGUUGCUAAGUUUGUGCAAAUUCAAGGACAUGAGCUUGGGUUAUUUGCUAUUUUUGACGGCCACUUGGGAGAUGGUGUGCCUGCGUAUCUCCAGAAGCAUUUGUUUGCCAAUAUCCUGAAGGAGGAGGAAUUCUGGGUUCAUCCUGAUAGAUCUAUCUCUAAAGCGUAUGAGAGGACCGAUCAGGCAAUUCUUUCUAAUAGCUCUGACUUGGGGCGAGGUGGUUCUACUGCUGUUACUGCAAUUCUGUUUAGUGGUCAAAAGUUAUGGAUAGCUAAUGUUGGAGAUUCACGAGCAAUUCUUUCAAGAGGUGGUCAGGCAAUACAAAUGACUACAGAUCAUGAGCCUAACACUGAGCGUGGCAGCAUUGAGGACAGAGGUGGCUUCGUCUCAAACAUGCCAGGAGAUGUCCCUCGAGUUAAUGGACAGCUGGCAGUUUCUCGUGCUUUUGGAGACAAGAGCCUUAAAUCACAUUUGCGAUCAGAUCCUGAUAUGCAACAUACCGACAUAGAUGGUUUCACUGAUAUUCUAAUCCUUGCAAGCGAUGGUCUUUGGAAGGUCAUGGCUAAUCAGGAGGCAGUUGACAUUGCAAGAAGGAUCAAAGACCCCCAGAGGGCAGCUAAGCAAUUGAUAGCUGAAGCAUUGAGAAGAGAGAGCAAAGAUGAUAUAUCCUGUGUUGUCGUGAGAUUUAGCAGGGGAUGAACCCCAUAUUGCUCCUUAUAUUUAGGAUGCGUCCAAAAUAAGAAGUCUCUGUGCAGGGUACAUAGCUGGCCAGGUUGAAUUUUAUAGAAUCUGAAAGAAGUAUGAGUUUGCCAAUAACCCCCUCCAUCUCCAUCCACACAACCACCGCCACCGCUACCCAAAACCCACUGGGGCUGCCUCCUUGGCCCAAAGAAAGGGGGAUGAAUGGGUUCCCCCCUGUAAAUCUAUUUUCUUUCUCUGUUUUUGUGUUCAGUAUUGUUUGAUUUCUUUUAAGUAUAUUAGCUAUACGAUGUAUAUUGUCAUCUCAUAAUGCGGCUGUGUAGUUGAAUUUGCUUUUGGCUGUGAAAGAGCUCUUUGCCGGUA